AUGGAUCCGGGAAUCCUUUGUUUCCACCAUUGUGACCACAAAGUCUUUUGUACUAUUAUUCCUGAUAAAUGCCCGGUUUGCCAUCAGAAACUAGAUAGAUACGACUACAGCCUGUUGCCGUUUAGAGUACCAUAUCCUUUCGUGAAAGCGUCUCAGCAUCCUCGAGCAAUAGUUAUGAAACCAACUCACGGGGACUUCCUUAAUGACUAUUAUAAUUCUAAGGAUUUACAUAUCGGAGUGACUAACUCUCAGGGCUGUGUUAUUGAAUUUGGUGUUGAAGGUAUCCAAGGUGUGGAUCCUUUGACAAAAAAGUGGAGUCAGUGUGACUCAAGCUCUGAUUGGGACCAAUGCCUCCUAUUAGAACAGUUUGAUGAACUAUGGAAUGAAAUUUGGGAUGGCAUUCUCAUAAAGGUGAGUUCAAGUCCUCUGUGGGAUGCAGAGAGAUAUAAUGAAGAACGUCACAACUGCUUUACUUUUGUAUUAGCAUUUUUGAGGGCUCUAGAUUGUGGAGAACUUUCUGAAAAAGCUCAGGACCCAAAGCUGUUUUGUAAACAGUAUGUGGUUCCACGCACUUCUGCUGCUGGGAAAUACAUAUCUCUGUAUAGGCAACUUAAGAGGCAGAGCUUCUUCAUACAGAACCAAUGA